AAUUAAAGCUUAUUUUCUUCAAUUAAUUUCAAUUGCCCGUGGCCAGACGGGCCGGUCUGUGAGACCUGUGAAGCUGGACCAUGAUGGCUCAGUUUAGAGGCUAGGGAUGAACAACAGCAAAUGAGUUGUCACACUCACUUUCACAUUUCAGUAGAGUACCUAUCUCUCGAUUGUUUUUUGAAAUGCUCAAGUCUCUGUUGAAGCCAGAAGAUUUAUUUUCGUCAUACUAGUAAACUGAUUGGCAGUCUUUGUUCUGUGCUGUUAAAUGGUCAAACAUGUCUUCAGAAAAGAGAUCAUCCAAGAAGGAAUCUGGCUUUGAAGGCAUCAUAAAAGACCUGAAGCAGCAGCUGGCGGAGCAGUUGCGCUGCCUGGACAGUCGGGCUGACACGCAGGCUGCCGUCCUCUUGGAGCUGCAGGAGUUUUACCGGCGGCGCGCCGACGUGGAGCAGGACUACAGCCGCGGCCUGGACAAGCUGCACCGCUCGCUGACACAGCGCCACAAGGAGCUGAAGACCAAGCGGGAGCAGGCGUCGCUGCUGUCCUCCCACGGCUGCUGGCAGCAGCUGCAGCAGCAGACGCAGCUGGAGGCGCGGCAGCGCGCCACCCUGGCCGACAUUUACGGCACGGUGCUGCCGCAGAAACUGGCCCGGCUCGGCGACGACCUGCAGCGCGCACACAGACGGUGCCGUCAGAUAUGCACCGAAUCACAUGAGGAGAUACUGAAGCUCAUCAAUGAGCUGCAGGAGUCGACCAAGACGUACAACACGUACUACGCCCUGUUCAGCGCGGCCGAGGCCAAGCUGCAGUACGUGGUCAACCAGAAGGCCAAGCUGGAGGUGAACCUGCCGGAGGACAAGCUGGACAAGUCGCGGAAGUUCCGACUUGUCGAGAAGGAGAUCGUCAAGCGGCGGAACAAGUACCAGGACACUCGCCUCCAGGCGCUGCGCGCGCGCAACGACUUCCUCCUCUGCCUGGAGGCGGCCAACGCCACCAUGCAGCGCUUCUUCGUGGAGGACCUACCGGACACGCUGGACUGUGCCGACGCCGGGGUGCACGCCACGCUGGGCCGCGCGCUACUCAUGGCCUGUGACGCUCAGGAGGGUGUACUGGCCGGCGAGCGACAGGCCGUGGACGACCUGCGGCGCGCGGUGUCCCAGCUGGACGCGCGGCUCGACAGACAGAGGUUCAUGGAGGCCAACAACGCGCCGUUCAUGCUGCCAAAGAAGUUUGAGUUCAUCCCGUACAAGGGCGAUAUUAUGUCUCGCUACGAUGUGGACCCGGCGAUCCUGGAGGAGACCCGAUCGCGGUACGACGCGCUCUGCGGCCGCAUCGAGACGCUGAAGACGGCGACGGCCGAGCAGUGGAAGACGAUGGAGACGGCCGAGCGCAGUCUGCUGGCGAUGGCUGCCACGGCCGAGCUGGACUGUCGGGCGCAGUUCGCGGCCGGCCGUGACCCGCCGCCCCGGCCCACCGAGACGGCGCUGGCCAAACAGAGGGGCGACCAGCUGGAGACGGCGCAGUUCUACGUUACGAAGUUUGCCGAGCUGGUGUCCGACUCUCGGCUGCUGGCCAGACUGCAGGUGAAGCGCGAACUUCUCCGCUCCGGUCUAUCCGAGCACGCGCCGGAGCUGGAGCGGCCGGCCCGGCCCGUGUGUGCCCCCCGGCCGCGUCGACCGCGACUGGGCCGACCGCCCACCGACGGCCAGCCGAGACUGUUCGGCGGCAGUCUGGAGGAGUAUGUGGAGCUCAGCGGACAGGAGAUUCCGCUCAUAGUGCGCUCCUGUGUGCGUGUCAUCAACCUGUACGGGCUGCACCACCAGGGCAUCUUCCGCGUCUCCGGGUCACAGGUGGAGAUAAACAGUUUCCGCGACAGUUUCGAGCGCGGCGAGGACCCGCUGGCCGAUGUGUCUGACGCUUCUGACAUCAACUCUGCGGCCGGAGUGCUCAAACUGUACCUCAGGGAGCUCCGGGAGCCCAUCUUCCCCACGCCCUACUUCGACCAGUUUAUGGAGAUCGCACAGCUGUCUGACCCGGAGGAGCGGACGGCCCGGCUCCGCGAGGUCAUCUCCACCCUGCCACACUCGGUGCAGCUGGUGAUGCGCUACCUGUUCGCCUUCCUCAGCCAUCUGUCCGAAUUCAGCGACGAAAACAUGAUGGAGCCCUACAACUUAGCCAUCUGCUUCGGGCCCACGCUGCUGCCGAUCCCCGAGAGUAAGGAUCAGGUGCAGUACCAGAACCUGGUGAACGAGCUGAUGAAGCACAUCAUCCUCUGCCACGAGGAGAUCUUCCCUCACGACGGCGGACCGGUGUACGAGAAGUACAUCAGUCGGCAGAACCACCAGACGGAGGAGAUUGGCGAGGCGCCCUCAGAGGUGUCCGGGGGAGCCGGGGACGGCGGCGACGGCGAGCCGGACGCCCAGUCGGAGGACGAUGUUGUUCUCAGGGCAACGGAAAAAGAUCUUAGCAUGCGCAUUUUCGGAAAGUGUGAGCAGUUGGAGGCGGUGGCUCAGUACGACUUCACGGCCCGCUCGGUGCGCGAGCUUAGCUUCCGCUGCGGAGACGUACUCACUCUGUACCGUCAGGUGUCCCCCGACUGGUGGAAAGGGCACUUCCGCGGCCGAGACGGACUCGUGCCCGAUAAAUACAUCAUGCUGAAAAUCAGGGACGAGGAGCGCACCAGUCUGCUGGAGCCCAGUCCCGGUCACCGUGUCACCGUCACUGUGGUCACCGGACCGGCACCGGCCUCGUCCACAUCCACCCUGUCCACACGGUCGACCGCGUCAGUGGGGUCCGACUCGGCCCCGUCCACCAGCGAGCCGGCCGUCCACGAGCAGCAGCUGUACGACCAGCAGGAUCGCCAGCAGCAGCUUCAGCAGCAGGAGAGAGCAGCGCCGCCCGAGAGACCGGAGUCGGCUGGCGGCGGCGGCGGCUGGGUGCCCGACCGGUGCGCCACCCUGCCGCGCGGCGGGCGGCCCACACCGGCCCCGCGCGCUUCCUCACUCUCCACACUGCACCAGCCGACGGCAGGCGUCACCACGGUCCGUGUGAGCGUCCCCGAUGACCGCGAGGAGGCAGACUCGGAGACGGAGCGGCUGGAGCGCGCCAUCAGAGAGAUGGCCAUGGUGUCGGAGCGGCUCCGGGCCGGUCAGCUGUCUCCUGAGGAUGAGCCGGGAGAGGAGAGCGACCCGCCGCCUCCUGCGCCGGCCAGUGCGCGCGCGGCACCGCGCCGACCGCCGGUGGCCGCUGUAAGACAGGAGCCGGAGUGUUCCCCGCCGACCAGCGGCAGCGUGCUGUCUCGGCGAGCGCUGUGGGAGACGCGCGCGGCGGCCGCCGCCGAGCCGGCCGGCCGGCUGGCGCUGAAACACACGCCGGAUCUGGUGCUGGACCUGCCGGCGGAGUGGCACCGGCUGCAGCGCACCUCGAGCGGCUCGUCGGAGGAGGGCGCCGCCCCCGCCCCCGCCCCCGCUCCCGCCCCCGCCGCGGCCCCGUCCACUGCUGCCGAGACGUUCGCCCGUCAGGACCAGUGCACGGUUCGCCGCGGCGGCCGGCCGGUACCGGUGCGGCCCGGCCCCGUUGUGCGUCCCCUGCUGGGCGGAGCUGGCAGUGACGCGGCCGCUGCUCGGCCCGUGGUGGCUGACCCGACGCCGGCGGGCGAUCAGCCGGCGCUGCUGCGGCCUCAGGCCAAAGUGAAGCCGCAGCCGGCCCGCAAGCCGAGCCCGAAGCACCGCCCGGCGGCGGCCAAACCUCUACCGGAGGAGUGAGAGCAUCGGUGGACGUGGUCUGCCAUAGCUAGCACAGUGGCCAACCGCCCAGCGGACGGGACCAGUACAUACGACAGCGGUCAAUCGGCCAGCGGACGGGGCCCGCCCUGCGGACGGAGCCAGUAAGUAUCACGGCAGCCGACGACCGCUGAGGUCCGUCUGAGGCCCGCUUGGGACAGCGCAACAGAUGUGUCGGGUCUGAGUUCAGGAUGAAAGCCAAAUGUUGCUCUCUAGGUUGAGUCUUGCCAAUUAGCGAAUUCCAGUGGAAACUGUUUUAGAAUAGAAAGUUGGAUCUAGGUAUAUUAAAGAUGAUGCGUUGUUACCACCACGUUGUGGCUAAUUGUUGAUAGAUGACUGUCUUUCAUUUGCAUUUCAAGUGCAUUACUAAGACAUCUAUCAGAUACGGUGCAACUUUGGGUAGCUUUGAUGCUCUAGGAAAAAUUGUGCACAUGUGCACAAGUAUGUGUAGUUUUAAAAGACCAAAUUGAGCCAAUACCCACUCUACGUGAAUCUCUUUCAAACUUGUCAAUGGAGUUCUGCUCUUAAUUUGUUGAAGACUGAAUGAUGGCAUGUGGUCUGCUGGGCGCUUCCUGUGGCAGAUGUGAGGCGGUGUUUCUUUUAAUGGUUUCGCAAUUUGGCAGCUGGCAGCUUGGGUGCUCGUUGGACCUGAUCAAGCCUCCAGUUUGCAGUGCGGGUCGUUUCUAAGUUACGUGAGUUUGGUUUCCUGAAUAGGUUCAAAGUUGCACAACAAAAUAAUAUGUGGGCCUAAAGCAGGCGUCAUUUACUAGUAAUACUAGCAAUCUCAUAUGGCUCCAUAACCUUUAACGCUGCAGCUUUGGGACCGCUGGCCACUGAACGCUCUCAUUGUAGCCCAAUAGGGUAUCGGACAGGACGCUCUUCUUUCGUUUCUCGUCUGCUCAGAGCGAUGGGUUUGUGUGUGUGUGUAUUGAAACAGGUGCUACUCACGAAGGCACCGGACCAGAUGUGUUGUUGGUUAAUCGACGUCGCACUCAGUAGUUGUGGUAGAUGCUCGGGUUAGGUGGUCGAGCCAGGGACAGGGGCGUGACACGAAUUCGAUGGACGCGGAAAGCCCUAAAGCUUCCGAUGGUUGAUGGCAUGUUCACUGUUGCCGCGUUUGGAGCGUUUUGUCGGACCAAUCAGUUAGUUCAUGUGUUAGGUGUGUCUGGAGGCAUUGAUCGCGUUGAUGUGGACAUUGUUAACCUAUCCGCAGUGACGACGUGUUUAAUUGUAACAGCUUCGUACUAUACCAGCUGAGAUAUUAACGCUUGAACGGGCCGCCGUGGGCCCAACAUACUCCCAUAGUUAAUGUUAGGCGGGCUGCCCCAGUGUGGUUCAGACCCCAUUCGGACAUUACUCGUGAGUGUUAGUGAGAUAUGGGCAGCUAGCCCCCGAGAAUCUCUAUAGGCGCGUUUGGAGUUUGUGUAUAUAUGUUGGUGUUCGAAUUUGUACGAAUGGGCACGAGCUGAUGUCCCGUGUUACUGUUAACGAGGCGAGUUGAGUUAGAGAGCUACAGCUAUAGAUCGCAACAAACCUGUGAUUUUAAUAAUCGUUUAUGUAUACUCUUUGAGAAUGUUUUCUCUACGUUAAUAAACUGACAAACAUAUAAA